CGGUAUCAGCUGCGUCAGUCGGGUUGUGGUCUUCACCGGAGGUGCACGCCGACGAAACUGGCGCCAUGAAGAUCAAGGACAGGGGUCUGCUCCUCACAGCCGCCUGCGGACUCGUGCAGAGCGUCACGUGGUUAGUGCUGGCGCUGUUGGGCGUCCUCGCCUACAAGUGCGCCAUCGAUCUGCCAGAUGAACCUGAUCCUGCAGCGCUAUUCGGCACACGGCUCGCACAAUUUUACUUCGCGGGUGACGAGUGCGCGAUGUCCAAUAGGUCUCAGACGGUGGGUCUCACGCCACCGGAAGGGCUCCUGAUAAUCAACAGCAUUAUCAUCGCGACGAGCUUCCUCUGGAUAGUCGCGUCCAGCCUCCUAGUAUGGGAGGCUGUGCGGGUGGGGGAGCAGAGGCGCUCCUGGGUGCUGUGGAGCUGGGUGACCAUCACCGGCUUCAUCUGCCUCAGCGACUUGGGUAUCUUCAUCAACUUCAGCGUCGACUACUCCAACAUAGUGAGCAGAAUAAGAUCAUUGAAGAAAAUCCAGAAGUCCCUGGGCCUCGAGCCGUGGAACGUGGAAACUAUGCUGGACUUUCCGACGCCGUACCUGGAGCUGCUGACGUACUCGGCGUUCAUGAUGUCGAUGGCCGCCCGCGGCUACAUGCUGUGGCUCCUCAACAUCGCCGCCGCGCUUUGGGUGGGUUUCCAGGCACUCGGUGGAGGUUGCCAUGCCGACGAUCAGGAUGAAAGAAAAUCACUGAAGCACCACUUCCUGACCUCACUGUACAGUGAACGGAGGGAUAAACCUGACGGGGUGUCGUCGCCGUGGGCCGUGCAGUCGCCGGUGGUGGGCACAGUGCCGCGGCCACUGCCCUGGUCGUCCUUUGGCUCUGCGCCAGCAGUGGAGAUCCCACGGCCCUUCCGCCUGGGCCCACCACCACCUGGGCGCCCACGCACUAAUGCCAUACCGGAGCCCGACUACGACAAUGAGUCACUGUCGCGAGAACCCCCACAGCUGUCACGGGAACCCCCACAGCUUUUCCGGGAACCCUCGCGUCUGGCACGGGAACCCCCAUACCUGGGGCGCUCGCCGCCGCACGCCAAGGACGCACUGCGCCGCGAACCGCCACCACUAGACGAGAUGCCUCGCCGCUCUGCCCUCAAGAAGGCCGCCUCCACGGAGUCCCGAUUCGCUGGCAAGACAGUUUUCUGAGUACACACAGAAGCUACUGACUUUCAGAGUUAACGGCAAUCACCUUACUAUCGACACACGUUCUAUUGCCGCAUCUGGAUCCUAUUAGUUCAGUACAUUAGUUUUAGAGCUCUUCAUUUCUCUGCAGCUAAUGUUCUUGUGUGUCUGUUGUCGAAUCAAUAAACAUCUUUACAACUCUCUAA